UUGAGUUGAUAGGUUUUUAUAUAAUAUUACCAUAUCAAUCUAAUAAGAAUAUUAUUAUAUGUAGAAGUUCAAGCUCUUUGACCAUUUAGCCACAUCCAAAUUCAUGCCAAGCACGAGGAAACUAUGAUUUAGUUCAUAUGCAGAUCUUUCUGGGAAUUCUUUUAUAAGUGCUUUGUCAACCUUGGAAUUCAUUAGUGCUCAAGCAUGUUCUGACCACAAUUGUUAGCUAUGACGGCAGGUUUGGUCAAAUAAAAAGGUUAUCUUAGGAGAAGGUGGUUGAGAGGCUAGGAGAGUAGUUUGAGAGGAAAAAAGAUAAGCUAAAUAUAAUCUAAAUUAAAGUAAUGCAAGGAGAUUAAAAUGACAAAACUACUUCAAUCAUAAAGUAAGUAUUAUUAUUUACCACAAUUCAUGGAAAUUUCAGAAUACAAAUGGUAAAACUAUAAUAUUAAACUGUAAAAAGGAAAAAAAAAAAAAAUUCUUCUAAUCAAACAGCAAAAAACUAACCAGCUGUUUCAUGUUAUAAAAAGACUAUAAAUAGGGAUGUCUUUAUUGUGUUUGGACCCUCCCUCCUAAAAGAUUAGUCCUAUGUAUGUCAAAACAGAGGACUUCAACUUCAAUUUCUAAUCUAAGUCUUACCCUUUUUUGGACAUAAAAUUUGGCUUAUCUGUAAAUAUAUAUGUUGUUGAUGGAUUUUUCAUUCAACCAUACCCAUACAAGUGUACCAGUCCACCCUAAACCAGACAAACAUAAUUACUACAACCUCCUACAAACCCUCUCAUCCCUAAUCUCCUCCCACGUCAACCCCCAAACCCACAAAGACUGUUUCAACAAUUUUCAAUAUUGAAUUAUACCCAUUUCCUACAAUCCCUCAUUAUCAGUCUUCCUUCCAUUACCAUCAUCAUUCCAAGCUGUAUCCUAUACUUUGACACCUUUCUUUUUCCUUUUUUUUUUUUUUUUUUUUUCUUUUUUUUUUCUUUUUUUGUUUUUCCCCCCCUUUCUGUUUCCCCUUCUCUUUUCUUCUACACAUACAUGUUUCUGUAUCUCUAGAUUCAUACACCCUUCAAAACCCAGAACCCAAUAUUCCUUCUCUUGACCAACCCCUCCCAAACCCCCUUUACUUUCUUAAUUAAUUUCUCUUCUGCUUUUUCUGUUUUUAAUCCUUUUCAGUUUUUCCUCCAUUAUUAUUUCUUCUUUCUACAAUGGGCAACUGUUGCUCACAAGGCAACACCACGGAUGCCCCAGCUGCCAAUAAUGGAGAACAGGUACCGGCUGAAACCCACACGGAAAAUGCAGCCACAGGACCUUCCACCACCCCACCUAAGGCUUCACCUGCAGCCUCACCUCAACCUUCAAAUAAACCUACCAAGGCUGCUCCCAUUGGACCUGUUUUAGGCCGGCCAAUGGAAGACGUUCGUUCGAUAUACAACAUUGGAAAGGAACUUGGCCGGGGACAAUUCGGUGUCACCCAUUUGUGUACAAACAAGGCUACAGGUGAGCAGUUUGCAUGCAAAACAAUAGCGAAGAGGAAGCUUGUGAACAAGGAAGAUAUAGAGGAUGUUAGGAGGGAGGUCCAAAUCAUGCACCAUUUGACGGGUCAGCCUAAUAUUGUGGAGCUCAAAGGAGCUUAUGAAGAUAAGCACUCUGUUCAUCUUGUCAUGGAAUUAUGUGCGGGAGGAGAACUUUUUGAUCGGAUCAUUGCAAAGGGACACUACACCGAGCGUGCCGCGGCAUCUCUGUUGAGGACUAUUGUCCAAAUUGUCCAUACUUGUCAUUCCAUGGGAGUCAUCCAUAGGGAUCUCAAGCCUGAGAAUUUCCUUUUGUUGAACAAAGAUGAGAAUUCUCCUUUGAAGGCUACAGAUUUUGGUCUUUCCGUGUUCUACAAGCAAGGGGAAGUAUUUAAAGAUAUUGUUGGCAGUGCAUAUUACAUUGCACCAGAAGUAUUGAAGAGAAAAUAUGGACCGGAAGUUGAUAUAUGGAGCGUUGGAGUUAUGUUAUAUAUCCUUCUAUGCGGUGUCCCUCCUUUUUGGGCGGAAUCGGAACAUGGGAUAUUCAAUGCAAUCUUACGCGGGCAUAUUGAUUUCACAAGCGAUCCAUGGCCUUCGAUUUCUAGUGGAGCAAAGGAUCUUGUUAGGAAGAUGUUGAAUUCAGACCCCAAACAGAGAAUGACAGCCUUCCAAGUUCUUAAUCAUCCAUGGAUUAAGGAGGAUGGUGAAGCACCAGAUACACCUCUUGAUAACGCGGUGCUUAGCAGGCUCAAACAGUUCAAAGCAAUGAACCAGUUCAAGAAAGUUGCUCUACGGGUUAUUGCGGGAUGUCUAUCAGAGGAAGAAAUCAUGGGAUUGAAACAGAUGUUUAAGGGAAUUGAUACAGACAACAGUGGAACCAUAACACUUGAAGAACUCAAACAAGGACUCGCUAAGCAAGGCACUAGGCUUUCUGAAAUGGAAGUUAAACAAUUGAUGGAAGCUGCUGAUGCUGAUGGAAAUGGAACUAUAGAUUAUGAUGAAUUUAUCACAGCAACAAUGCACAUGAACCGAAUGGACAGAGAAGAGCAUCUCUACACUGCCUUCCAACACUUUGAUAAAGAUAACAGCGGGUAUAUCACGACUGAAGAGCUAGAACAAGCUCUUCGCGAAUAUGGUAUGCACGAUGGAAGGGACAUAAAGGACAUCAUUUCUGAAGUUGACGCUGAUCAUGAUGGACGGAUCAACUACGACGAAUUCGUAGCAAUGAUGAGAAAAGGAAACCCAGAUGCAAAUCCAAAGAAGAGGCGUGAUUUCAAUAAUAAUUGAGAGUGAUUAAUUUGAUAACGUUGUUGUGGGGAUCGAACAUUAUGCAACAAAAUUAAAUUCAAAACCAUCAAGUUCUCUGCCUCAGCAAGAGUCUUUGAAUCAUAGGUGGAGAAGCUACUUAAGGGGAUUCACAACAUGCUCACUGUACAGUAUCUGUUCUAUAAAAAGAAAAAAAGAAAAGAAAAGAAAAUUAGGAGGGGGAUUAAUGGAAGGGGGAGUCUCAAGUAAAAGCAUUUGGUCUAAGUGCAUGGAGUGGGGGGUUUUUUUUAUGGGUUCAUUUGUAAUUUGAUUGUGGGUGUAUGUAUAGCUUGUAAUUGGCUUUGACAUUAGGAUUCAAAAUCUGGGUGUCUUUCUAAUUGAAUUUGUUUGUUCUUAUUCAUCAUUAGAAAAUAUAUAGAUCCUGCUGUUUCUUCUUCAAUUCUUUUUCAAGUUUCUUGCCUUGUGAACCUCCAAUUUGUAUUCUAUUGGACUCAAUAUAUAAAAACCUUCUUAAAAAUUAUUAUA